AUGGUUAUCCACAACCUACAAACAGAACGGGGAAUGACAGAACGGAUACAUUUGGGUAUUCAUCACAUACAUUCCGAAGAAGAACGCCAAAGAUGUAUUGCUAUUCGGCGUAAAACGAAUGAAAGCAUUGUCAUAUUAGAAAAAAGAUAUAACAUUGAGCUUAGUAUAUUAACAGGGGGAGCGAUUUCAUUUUUGUAUACCUUGGAGAAUUUCAGACGCAGAAUUGACCAUGGGAGAACCAAUGCUAUGGUACGCUUACAAACCUAUCGAAAAUGGAUAAAUGGACUCAUCUCUACGCUAGUAAAAUACACAGAAUCCGAAAACUUGGGGGACUAUGCUGACAUUGUUUACGCAUACGAGAUGGUGAUUUUCAGUAAGGAAGAGGCAGCAAUGGAACGAGCUCUUGGAGGUUUGAAAUUCAUUCAAGGCAAGAACUUUAGUGCCAUAAACACAACAUGGUACAACGAAAAACGUGCCCUUUCUGAAAAUUACCUCCAGACAGCCUUCCUGUUUUCAAGCGAAUUAAAAUGUAUCCACACUUCAUUAUUUGCCAACACUUCACACUUAAUCAAGAAAAUUGACAAGAAAAGAAAAGUCUUAUCUGGGGGUGCAUACCAGACGUUUUCCAAUGACGAAUCACGCGCAUGGUUUGAGUUGAUGACAAAGUACAUUAACAUGAUGUUAGAACUUCAAGUGCGACUGGCUGCCUUGAUUAAGAUAAAGCUAAAAGAAGAAAUUGACCAAAGUACAUAUCAACUUGUGAUUCGCUCAUUCCUUUUGUGUUUUACCUUGAUUGUCGUGCCAUGUAUUAUUAUAUCGCUGGCCAGUGUUCAGAAAAGGUUUUAUGAAUACACGUUGUCAUUGUUUGAUAAAGUUGGACUGGAGCAAGCAAGAACAGAUUUCCUGAUGCGAGAAAACGCAAGACAUGUUGACA